ACUGUAAAGUGACAGUGGAAACCGAACAGAUAGAAACGGAAAUCAUGUCUCCGUCAUCACAACAGGUCUCCGCACCGCGACGUACCAAAAGCCGCUGUAGUUGUGGACUCGACUACACAGCGCGUGGCGUGCUUCUAGCAGAGUGGGCGGGCACCACACUGCUGGUGUUCUUGAGCUGUCUGCCAGCAUGCGCCGGCGCGCCGCAGUAUGCGUGCGCAGGCGCCGCGGGUCUCGCUGUUGCGCUCCUAGUUCAGUGCUUCGACCACAUAUCCGGCGCCAUGUUCAAUCCAACCGUUCUCCUAGCGGCAAUGCUAGCGCGGCGCGUGGCGCCCGGGCUGGGCGCCGGCAUGUUCGGCGCCCAGCUGCUGGGCGCCGCGACGGGCACCGGUCUGCUGCGGCUGCUGGCGCCCGGGUCUGACGCCGCUGAUUUGUGUCUGACAUUGCCCGUGGAUACCUUAUCGGUGUACAAGGCGGUGUGCAUUGAGGCCGUCCUGGGAGGGCUAUUGGCGCUAGCCAACAUGGCGUCAUGGGACCCUCGAAAUCGACUGCUAGCCGACUCCUGGCCGCUACGAAUAGGUCUGAGUGUUGCGGGCCUAUCUAUAAUCGCGGGUCCGCUGACUGGUGCGAGCAUGAACGCAGCACGCAGUUUUGGGCCUGCGCUGUGGAGCGGCCACUGGGAGCACCAUUGGAUAUACUGGGUGGGUCCCCUAAGCGGCUCACUUCUGUGCACACUCCUCUACCGCCGCAUAUGGGCGGUCGACGGAAUGCCGCCGGCGCGCGCGGCGCCCGACGUCACCGCAGCGUUGCCGCUGCGGCGCGAGCGCGGAUCACUCGAUCCUGCAGUGGAGCCCCAUAAGAAGACCCAUUAUUCUGUGUAA